AUGGCCUCGUUAGUAAAAUGUGCGUUAAUACUUAGUGCAAUUAUUCCAGCAUUAAGUUAUAAAGAAAACCAAACGUAUUGGAGGCAAAAAGGAGCUGAAGAAUUAAACGAAGCCCUGAACUUGAAGCAAAGAAACGGUGUUGCCAAAAACGUUAUUCUGUUCAUUGGUGAUGGCAUGGGAGUACAAACUAUAGUAGCUUCAAGAAUAUACAGCAAAGGGGAAACCGGUUCUUUGGCUUGGGAGAAAUUCAAAAAUAUGGGCGCAUUAAAGACGUAUUCUGCGAAUAAACUGGUUCCGGAUUCCUGCAGCACCGCAACAGCCCUUUUCUGCGGCAUCAAAGCCAAUCAUAAAACCUCAGGAAUCGACGCUUCUGUCGAUGUCAACGAAUGCAAGCGUUCACUGGACAAAAAAACCCACGUGGAUAGCUUCGCUGUAUGGGCUUUGGAAGCAGGAAAAUCAACAGGUUUUGUAACUACUACAAGAGUUACUCAUGCUACACCAAGCGCUUUAUACGCUCAUACACCAAACAGAGGCUGGGAAUGUGAAGAUAAAAUGUCACCCGAUGCCAAAGGAGUUUGCACGGAUAUCGCUAAGCAGCUCAUAAACGAUUACCCGGGGAAUAAAUUCAAUGUAAUCAUGGGCGGAGGAAGGCAAUGUCUUCAAUCGCCAGUGGUUGAUAGUCCGAAGGAUCCGGUUGAUACAUGGGGUUGCCGGAGCAAAGACGGCAGGAAUUUGAUUAACGACUGGCAAAACAACAAGAAAAAAGCCGGGCAAACGUACCAAUUUUUAAGCAAUACCGAGGAACUUAAUAACACUGAUAUUACGAAAGACUACACAUUAGGAGUUUUUGCCAACGGACACAUAAUGUACGACUACGAAAGAAACAAGGGACCAAAAGGCAUGCCAUCUCUUAGCUUAAUGACCGAAAAGGCGAUUCAGCUUCUACAGAAAAAUAAAAAAGGCUACGCUUUAAUGGUUGAAGGAGGUAUGAUAGACCAAGCCCAUCAUCGAGGCAACGCAAGGAUUGCCCUUGAAGAAGUAGUUCGUUUCAGCGAAGCCAUCCAAAAAGCGGUAGAUAUGGUUGAUUUGAGCGAAACCUUAAUCAUUGUAACCAGCGAUCAUGAUCACUCGAUGCAGUUAACAGGUUAUCCAGAUAGAAGAGACGGAGUGAUGGGAACUACAAAGUCGAAAAUUGAUAAUGUUGGCUUUUCAUCGUUAUUAUACACAACAGGAGGACCAAAUAAUUAUCAUUUUUCAGUUAAAAAUGGCUCAGUGGUACGCGAAGAUGCUUCUAAACAAAACACCAGCGACUGGAAAUACUCACAACAAAGUGCUAUUUUAAACGAUGAAGUUACCCAUAGUGGCUCUGACGUUUUAGUUUUUGCCGAAGGUCCAAUGGCGCAUUUAUUUAAUUCUGUCCACGAGCAAACUCAUGUAGCAAAUGUUAUAGCUUAUGCAUUGAAAAUUGGUCCGUAUAAAAACAGAGAUCCAUCCAGUGGGGCUACACAAUACCAUUGCAGUUACGUGCUAGCAGCUUUAAUGACAUUGUUAAUUUAUUUUAAUUAA